CGAGCCACACCAUCAGCACAGAGGAAUGUGACAGGAGAAGUAAGGGAGCUCGCCGCCACCCCUACACCAACAGGCGCAGGAAUAAUACAAUAUCACACGUGAACAACAAGGUGUGAGGAGUAGGAUGGCGGCUAAGACCAUCGUGAUAACCCUCCCGAGGCACCUUAAGCCCGCCCAGCCCCAGGUGGUGCCCGCCCCUGGGCCUGUGUCACCUCUCUUGGGGGACUUCCUGCGGGUGGUGAAGGAUGAGCCAGAAGACAGGGCAGGGGACAAGCCUCCACGGAAACGGCAGAGGCUUGAUCAUCUCACGCAGGAAGAAAAGAUAAUGAGGAGAAAACUGAAGAAUAGAGUUGCUGCACAGACUGCUCGAGACAGAAAGAAGCUCCGGAUGGAUCAGCUGGAAUCACAGUUGGCAGAUUUGACAGAACACGUGUCAGAGUUGACAAACCUGGCUGCAAUUCUUACAAAUAAAAAUACAGAGCUCAUGGAACAAAAUGUAGCUCUGCAAGAAAAACUAGCCCAGUGUACAUGUACAGGACAGGUUGAGACCAGAAAGAAACCAGCCCAGAGCAUGACCAGCAGCAAGGAACCUAAGGGUCCCAGAGUGGAGGGAGUCAUGGUCCCUGUCACUGUGCCGACUGAUGGAUCUGCAGCAUCCACACCCGCAGAGGGCAGUCGGCACAUUGGCAGUGAUCAGGAUCAUGGCACUCUCUACACUGUGCUCCCAGUGGGUAACACAAGCAGUCAUGGCUCUGGUGGUGGACUCUGCACUGCAUCAACAACAAGAAAAGGAAAUGGCAGAAGUCAAGUAUCGAGAACAUCCGUUGCCAGUAAAGAAGCGUCCAAUGUGCGGCAAGUGGUGGGGACCACAACAACAGUCCUGGAACCCAGCUGGGACGUAGACCAUGACUACAGUAGUAGAGUUCAUCACACAGAACAGGAUUCAAAUGAAAGACUAACACCUGCUGAGGAAGAAUUAAUCACACAGCUCACCAGUGCAUUAGAGGAAGUGGCUAAUCCUAUUCAAAAUGUCACAGAUAUGUCAACUGUAGCAGAUGCAGGGUCUGAAACAGUAAAAGAGAUCUCCACACCUGACAUUGUUGAAGAUUUCUUUGACUUUGGAAUGGACUCUGUCAUAUUUGAUGAAACAAAGUGUCCUGUUGCAUCUGAAGAGAUUAAGUCAACUGUUAUGAGUGAGGAAAGCUUAAAAGUCUUGGAAGAAAAUUCAUUGGUAGUAUCACCACUCAGGAAAGAUCAAAUACUGGAUUAUCUUCAAGAUCAAGUCACCAGCACCAGCCCACAGUCUGUGUUUGAGUCUGAAUCUGGUUAUGAUUCAAGUUCCUCUCCAACAUAUUUUGCCUCUGAUGAUGAACAGAAUAUUGAUUUUGAUAUGGAUUCUUUCUCAGAGUUGUUCCCAGCUUUGUUUUAGAAUUGGUUUGCAUAUAGGGUAAGUGAACUUCCUCAUCCAAAGAAAGGGUUAAUGUAAUCAUAAGUAGGUGUAAGUUCUUCAUUUACUAGUUGUGUGAUAACUAAUAAACUACAGAUAUAUA